AACACAAAUAAUGUAUUUCAAUUUAUAUAGAAGCUACUAAUAGAAGGGGAAAUAUCCCCACUACUGUUAGUAGUAUAAUAUAGUAAAUUGCAACUUAAGCGUCAUGCGCAGUAAGUACAUCUCGUGUGUGUGAAAAUGGCGCUCUCUUGUGCGAUUUCUAACGAAGUCCCGGAACACCCGGUCGUAUCUCCAGUAUCUGGUUCCAUAUUUGAAAAACGUUUAAUUGAAAAAUAUUUAGCUGAGAAUGGAGUGGAUCCCAUAACUGGAAAGGAAUUAACUGUAGAUCAACUUAUAGAUAUCAAAACAACUGCAAUAGUUAAACCUAAACCACCAAGUGCCACAUCAAUUCCAGCUAUAUUGAAAAUUUUACAAGAUGAGUGGGAUGCUGUUAUGUUACAUUCAUUUACGCUUAGGCAACAACUUCAAACAGCUAGACAGGAACUAUCUCACUCUUUAUAUCAACAUGAUGCAGCAUGCCGUGUAAUUGCUAGAUUGACAAAAGAAGUAACAGCAGCCAGAGAAGCUUUAGCAACGUUGAAACCUCAGGCUGGAAUUGUUCAGGCUACUACUAUCCCACAACCUGCACUUGCAGUAGAAGCUGGAGGUACAGCUGCUCAACCUAUGGAACAAGCUGGUAUUACUGAAGAUGUAAUACAAAAACUUCAAGAAAGGGCAACGGUACUCACUCAGGAAAGGAAACGUCGUGGACGUUCGGUCCCUGAAGAUCUACUUCCACAAGAUAGUAUUCGCGCAUUUCAAACACUUGCGUCACAUCCUGGUCUCCAUUCAGCCAGUGUUCCUGGUAUACUUGCACUUGACAUUCACAGUGCAGAUACCAGUAAAAUCUUAACAGGUGGUGCUGAUAAAAAUGCCACAGUAUUUAACAAAGAUACAGAGCAAGUUGUUGCAAUAUUAAAGGGACACACUAAAAAGGUUACUAGAGUAAUUUAUCAUCCAGAAGAAGAUAUUGUAAUGACUGCAUCACCUGAUACUACAAUACGUGUAUGGAAUGUAGGAACCAGUCAAACAACUUUGUUAUUAAAAGCUCAUGAUGCCCCUGUGACUGGAUUAUCCUUACACCCAACAGGCGAUUAUUUAUUAAGUUCAUCAUUGGAUCAACAUUGGGCAUUCUCUGAUAUACGUACUGGUAGAUUAUUGACUAAGGUUGCUGGACAAGCUAGCCAACCAUUAACCACGGCUCAGUUUCACCCUGAUGGAUUGAUCUUUGGCACUGGGACUCAGGAUUCGCAAGUGAAAAUUUGGGAUUUAAAGGAACAAUCAAAUGUAGCUAAUUUCCCAGGCCAUUCAGGUCCAAUUACGGCAAUUAGUUUCUCUGAAAAUGGUUAUUAUUUAGCUACUGCUGCAGAGGAUUCUUGUGUGAAACUUUGGGAUUUGCGUAAACUAAAGAACUUUAAAACCCUUCAAUUAGAAGAAUCGUAUGAAGUUAAAGAUAUUUGCUUUGAUCAAAGUGGAACAUAUUUGGCAGUAGCUGGAACAGACGUAAGAGUGUACUUGUGUAAACAGUGGCAAGAACUGAAAGUGCUUAAUGACCAUACGGCAGCCGCAACUGGUGUUCGUUUUGGAAAACAUGCGCAGUAUAUAGCGUCGACUAGUAUGGACAGAACUUUAAAACUUUAUGGUUUACCUUAAGCAUUUAGUGACUAAAAUACUAUAGAUAAUUUAAGAAGAAUUAAAAUUAGAGUUUAUAGUAUAUAUUACUGAUCAUCGCUAACACGAUUUUUAUCAUGGCUAUCUAUGUUCGAAAAAUCACUCAAUUUGAUGGACAGUUAGAACUGUGAAUGAUUGCUGUAAGUCUCAUAAUUGAAACUGAACCUAAAUGUAAUUGUAAUAAUGAUUUAUGGAACCCUUGAUAAUUAUUUCACUUACCUUGAUAGUCAUAUUUUUACGAGUCUCAAGUCUUAAGUUCUGAUAAUUGGUACCAAUUAAAAUCCUUCGAAAACGCCUAAUUUAUAUAACACAUGAUCAUAUAGGUAAUAAAGGAAAUUGCUUUCUAAGCCCAA